AUGGAAGCAACAAAACCAAGAACACUAGAGGUGUCGGUUUUAUCAGCGGAGGAUCUCCGCGUUAACGAAAAGCCGGCGACGAAGAACGUGUACGUGGUGGUUCGCGCGGAGUCCAUAACGAGCCACACGACGGCGAUGAAGGGUGACGGCGGCGGCGGUGGAUUCCAUUCAUGGAACGAGAAGUUCUUGGUGGAAUUGGCCAUGCAUGCAAGAUCAAUAACGUUCGAGGUGAAGUACAAAACUCAAAUGGGAGUAAUCAAAGACGUUGGUGUCGCGAGAAUAGCGCUUUCGGAUUUCCUCGGUGGUUUCGUUCCUGAUAAUUGCUUACAGUUCUUGAGUUAUAGGUUGAGGGACUUUGAUGGCCUGAGAAAUGGGAUCAUCAAUCUCUCCGUCAGGGUGGUGGCGCCGCCCGCACCCGAGAAGAUUAUUGGUGGUUCUUGUGGUUUGCAGACUGGUACCAAUAAUUCUUCCAAUGGAGUUGUUACUGGCAUUCCUAUCUGGUGGAACAACCGAAAUAGCAAUGUUUGA